CACUUACACAGUCAUUCGCUUUAUGCUGACACUAGGGUGCAGCUCUAGGAAUUCAGAGUGACAUGCCUCGGAAGGAAAUCACAGUGGUUUUGAAAUAUACCCGACCUUUAAAACGUAUUUUACAUCGGUCAGCGAAGUUGCACGCACGGGUCGCUGCUGUUUCAUAAGCUUUUGUGCAUCAGUUAGAUUUCAGCACAAAGUUGUUUUUUUUUUUUUGUCGUGCGUUGUGUAAGCCGUGCGAGGCACCUGAGGAAUUUGCGGCUGCAGCCAAGGUGGGACGGUUCUGCCUCGUGAGUACACGGGGGGUUGCGCGCUCCAUGUCUCCAUAUCACUGACACAGGUAUUCUCCAGACUCCACGAGACAGAGACAUGCAUUACGAAACGCGCACGAGCAGCGAAGAAAAGCUCCGAACAUGCACGCAGAUAACCAUCAAAUGACACCAAACACGUGCUGUCAUAUUUAACUGGUCUCGAUCCAGAAAAAAAAAAAAAAAAAAAAUCAAUAUCCGUGCGUAAAGCUUUUUUGUCGCGCACCGGAGUGACUUGUUAACAAGCGCAGCUCGCAGCCUGUUUGUGUUUGCACCCCGCAGCCAGUUGCUGGGAUCGCACGUUGUAAAAUGAGGUUGGGAAGCAUCUUUUUAUUCGUCGCUCUCUGCUCUUUCACCGCUUAUUAUAUUUAUGAGCCAAUUCCCGAGGAGAUAGAAGAGAGAUGGAAACUCAUGCUGACCAACUCUUUCUUCAGAAGUCUCAGCCACCUGGCAGACCUCAGUGAAUUACUGGGGCUGAAGGACUACAUGGGGGUAAUGUACUUCAUUACUCUGGCUGAAAAAGUAGUGCCUGUGUCCGAUGAGCAUGUCAAGGUGACAGAAGAGAAGUUUGACGGCGUGGAGGUGGUGCUUUACCAGCCGAAGCAGCGGGGCGGCACCGAGCUCAGGAGAGCUAUCAUAUACCUGCACGGUGGAGGAUGGUGUCUGGGGAGUUCCAGGAUGAGUCCAUAUGAUCUCCUGGCCAGAAAAAUGGUCACUGAGCUAGACUCGGUGGUUCUUUCUGUAGAGUACCGCCUUGCCCCUGCUCACCACUUCCCUGUCCCGUAUGAAGACGUUUACCGUGUGGUCAAACACUUCCUCCAGAAGGGGGUGCUGGCCCAGUACUCUGUGGACCCAGGACGCAUUGCUGUGUCUGGGGAUAGUGCUGGGGGGAACCUUGCAGCUGCUGUCUCCCAGCAGUUACAAAAAGAGCCUGGACAGCAGGUUAAGUUGAAGGCCCAAGCACUCAUCUACCCUGUGUUGCAGGCGCUGGACCUUAACACUCCUUCUUACCAGCAGAAUCAGGACAUGCCCAUUCUGCCCCGCACCCUCAUGGUGCGUUUCUGGAGUGAGUACUUCACCAGUGACAAGGCACUUUUCAGAGCUAUGAUGGCAAACACCCACAACAACCCUGAGUCUUCCAGCCUGCUGAAGUUUGUCAACUGGAGCGCCUUUCUGCCAGAAACAUAUCAUAAAAAAUACAACUACAGUGCUCCUGCUGUGGUGCAGGGAGUCGGAGGGGAGGCAGUCGGGAUGGAUGGACCGUCUCGAUCUUUUGCUGACCCGAGGGCAUCACCCCUGCUGGUUCCAGACACAGCCUUACACUCUCUUCCCAAGGCCUACAUUCUGACAUGUGAGUAUGAUGUUCUCCGGGAUGAUGGGAUCAUGUAUGUCACACGGCUGCGUGCUGCUGGUGUCGAGGUGACACAUGAACACUAUGACACAGGAUUUCAUGGAGGGCUCAUGUUCACCGUGUGGCCAACCGACUUCCUGAUUGCACGUCGCAUGACAGACAACUAUGUCAAAUGGCUCAAAGAAAACUUGUAAAAACUCUUGACGAUCAAUAUCCAUUCCAGUUUUUUUUUCAUGAAAUGCACCAGUGUGUUCUCACAGGGUGCACAUUUUUCCUACGUGGUGUUCAACGUCUUGUUUUCUUUUAUUUUUGUCAUUGGUCAUGCUGUUAUCUGUAAAUAUAUUGAGAAAUAUAUUACUGUAACUUCUUAUUUUUCAAAUGAUUUCCUCUGUAUUUCAAAAUUAACAGGAAGCAGGAUUUUGAAAGAGUAUUUCACUUGAAGUCGUUUUGAGUACCACGCAACACAUCCAUGACUCAAGUGCAACAGUUGUAUUGUGUUUAUUGUCCAACAAACACAAUACUACACGGAGAGAUCUGAGGGCAAAAGUUAAACUGUGGAAUAUCACAAAUGUCAUUGUCAUAUGUAUAGUACUGUAUAUUCUUGUUCCCUCCACAGGACCUGUGACCUGAACUUCAAUACUAUAAGUCAGUAAUGCAUGCCACAAGAUUCUGAACUAUCCCAUUUGGGGGGGUUUAAGAAUCCAGGAAAAAGUUAACAUCUAUCACAGAGUGCAGCUGUUACUAAAACAUUAUAUUGUUUUUGAUGUGUGUAACGCUUGUCUUCCUUUUUCAAAAGGAAAGAGCUACCAUGGUAUGGUAUAGUAUUUAAAUUACAAAGACAUUACAUCUUUAUCAGCACAACAAUUUUUUGCAUCCAGUGUAAUUUCCACAUACAUUUGGAAGUACAAAACCAAAAUGAUUUAACUGAUGAGCCACAUUCCAUACAGAAUAUUGGUUUUCAUACGUAUCCACACAUUUUUUUCCUGAUGGACCUUAACCGAGUGUGAUGUAGCAAUAUGACGAAGAGAAUAAUAAUUAUCAAGAGGGAAUCUGGAAUUUGGAACAUUUUAUUUGGAGCCUUAAUCUUUACAGCACGCCACAUGUCUCAGCAUCUCAGAGUUCCCAAUAAUACAGUUUAUAGGGAUGGGAGUGUGUGUACUAAUCCCUUCUUUGUUCAGGCAUGAUUUUAUUGUAGUGAGUAAAAAAGUUGUACGUGUGUUAAUCCAAAAAGUGCAGUCAUUUAGGAAUAUGAAUAAUUUAGACUGAAUCGUAAAUUUGACCAUCUACAUGUCGACAAUAAAUAACUUAUAAAUAAGCCUUUGUGUAAUGAAUAUAAGCAAUGACACACUGCUUUGCUGCUGUUCGAUGAUGUUGCCAGUGCCAGUUCCUUUUAAACAUGGACUAAUGUGACAGAAAGCUGGCACUAAAACCGUAUCCGUAUCUCUGGUCUGAGUAAGAAUGUCUGCAGUUUUCUGUCCCUGAACCUCUGCUUCAACAACAUUCAGAGGAAAUGGGGUCGCAUUUAUUUCUCCCCCGAGGCCCAACAAUCAUAUGAGGUGGCUUGAAUCCAUUCCCUUGUCUCUCCCUUUUAUCUUUUUGUCUGUGGGCGACAUGACCCUGUGACUUCUCCACACAUGGGAUGGCUAUCUAAAAGAUAGCAGGGAGGUCAAAGGUUACCAAAAAAAUAAAUCCUCUGUAUAAAUAUAAACAGCUGAAAAUCUCAGCUUUUAGGCAUGAACGUCUUGAAUGUAUGUGUGUAUGUGUCUGUGUUUUUUUUUGUUUUGUUUAGCAUUUUUCUCUUUUUCACAAACAAAACAUUUUUUUUCUGUCAUUUGCUUAAGCACUGCUACAUUCUCAAUUGUAAAUAUGACUACUUUUGUUUUGGAUUCCCUUGUGGAGAACAACUGAUUUGCAUACAUUUUAAUUAUAAUGUUUUCUGUCAAUAAAUUGACUUCACCUUUAA